AGUGAGAGCGCGGCGUUCUCCGCCGGCCGCAGCCUCCGCGUCCCGCCCCGCCGAGGCGGCCCCGCAGCGGCGCGGAGGCUCCUUCCGCCGGGAGCGGCGAGGAGAGGCGCGGCCGGCGGGAGGCAGACAUGGCCAUGCCCAGUUCCCUUUUGUGGGCUGUUGACAUUUUUGGGAGGGUUUACACUCUGUCUACUGUUGGCCAGUACUGGGAGCUCUGUAAGGACACACAGCUGGAAUUCAAACGAGUCUCUGCUGUCAAACAGUGCUGCUGGGGAAUAGCCUGUGAUCAUCAAGUAUACACCUACGUGUUCUCAGCUGACGUUCCUAUUAGAUACCAGGAAGAAACCUAUGAGAAUCAGCGCUGGAAUCCAGUUGGUGGCUUUUGUGAGAAAUUACUGCCCAGUGACCGCUGGCAGUGGAGUGAUGUGAGCGGGCUAAAACAUCAGCAGCUUGAUAGUUUCACACUGCCUUCACCACACUGGGAGUGGGAGUCUGACUGGUAUGUGGAUGAAAAUAUUGGAGGGGAACCAACAGAGAAAGGGGGCUGGACUUACGCCAUAGACUUCCCCAGCACCUACACAAAGGAUAAGAAAUGGAAUUCUUGUGUCAGACGCAGAAGGUGGAUCAGAUACAGGAGAUACAAAUCACGGGACGUUUGGGCGAAGAUUGUAUCACAUGAUGAUCCAGAUCAGUUGCCAGACCCUUUCAAUGACAUCUCCAUUGGAGGAUGGGAAAUCACCGAUGAGCCUCUUGGCCGUUUAUCGGUAUGGGCAGUUUCUUUACAAGGAAAGGUAUGGUACAGAGAAAAUGUCUGCCAUCACAAUCCAGAAGGUUCCAUGUGGUCCUUAAUCACCACUCCUGGUGAAGUUGUACAGAUCAGCUGUGGACCAUAUGACCUCCUUUGGGCAACUCUUUGGGAAGGGCAAGCUAUUGUGAGAGAAGGAAUUGAUAGGAAUAACCCUCAAGGAAUUUCCUGGAGUAUUGUGGAGUCUCCAAGCUCUGAAAAUGGGAUUAUGCAUGUCUCUGUGGGUGUUGAUGUGGUGUGGUGUGUUACAAAGGAUAGAAAAGUAUGGUUUAGAAGAGGAGUGAACUCACAUAAUCCUUGUGGAACAAGCUGGAUUGAAAUGGUUGGAGAAAUGAUGAUGGUAACUGUAGGCUUAAAUAACCAGGUCUGGGGAAUCGGCUGCGAUGACAGAGCAAUUUAUUUUCGUCAAGGUGUCACACCAAGUGAGCUCAGUGGGAAGACAUGGAAGGCAAUUGUAUCUGGCCGAGAGAGUGACAGAUCUCAGACUGGGAGCUCAACAAGUCUGCUCAGUGCUGGCUGUUUCUUUACUGAUGAUAUUCAGAACCAAACAAACGCGAUCAUUCAGGGUGAUGCAGAUACUUCCUCUGAUACAGACCUUCCAAGUGUACCCAUGAACCUUGCCAACACUCUCCCAAUGGGAGCUGCAGCCAGCAGCAGUGGUAAAGGCUCAGGCAACCAGACAGCAGAAAUAUGUGCAAAUUUGACUGUGGAUCCCCUGGACUCUGAUCAAGGAGAAGCUACUGUUGCUUCGACUAGUAAUGAGAAAGCUAAUCUUGAAAUGCAUAAGUCUACAAACCCAAAUCCUUCUGCAGAACUGCAGUGGACAAACAUUGACUUGAAGGAGGCCCAAAAGCAUCCAGUCCUCUCCGUCAGCACCUUUGCAGAAACAUCCAGCCUGUCUUCCCUUGGCAUGUUCUCAGUGGGAGCUGAAGAACAGUAUGGAGCUGAUGAGCACCCACUGUGGGCCUGGGUGUCUGGGGGAGGCUGUCUUGUAGAUUUGCACAGCCCGUUGAAAUGGUUCACUGUUCCAUCAGGUUUGUCAUCCUCUGUGCAAUCUCUGUCUCUGUCUAUCACUCCAGCACAGACAGCAGCGUGGCGAAAGCAGAUUUUUCAGCAGCUCAGUGAAAGGACGAAGCGGGAACUGGAGAAUUUUAGGCACUACGAACAGGCUAUUGAGCAGUCAGUUUGGGUUAAAACUGGAACCUUGCAAUGGUGGAGGAAUUGGAAGCCUCAUAAAUGGAUGGAUGUUCGAGUCGCACUUGAGCAGUUCACUGGGAGCGAUGGAAUGCGCGACAGCAUCCUGUUCAUCUAUUACAUGUAUCAUGAGGAGAAAAAGUAUAUCCACGUGUUCCUGAAUGAAGUCACUAUUAUAGUUGAAGUUCUGAAUGAAGCCAAACACUCCUUUGCACUGUAUACACCUGAAAGGACGAAGCAGCGAUGGCCAAUCCGCCUGGCAGCCACAACAGAGCAAGAAAUGCAUGACUGGCUGUCUUUGCUGAACAUGUCCUGUUGUGAAAGCAGACGGAUUCAAGGCCCUCCUUCUCACCAUGCCAUUUGGUCAGUUACUUGUAAAGGAGACAUAUUUGUUAGUGAGCCAAGUCCUGAACUGGAGGCCGGACCACACCUGAUGCCAUGUGAUCAAAUGUUUUGGCGUCAAGUUGGAGGUCAUCUUCGACUGAUAGAGUGCAAUAACCGAGGCAUAGUGUGGGGCAUAGGAUAUGAUCACACAGCUUGGGUUUAUACUGGUGGAUAUGGAGGUGGCUUUAUUCAAGGACUGGCCAGUAGUGCUGAUAACAUUUAUACACAGUCAGAUGUGAAAUGUGUUUACAUCUAUGAGAACCAGCGGUGGAACCCAGUCACUGGCUAUAGCAGCAGAGGUCUGCCCACGGACAGAUACAUGUGGAGCGAUGCAUCUGGCCUGCAGGAAUGUACAAAAAUCAAUACCAAGCCUCCUUCUCCACAGUGGUCUUGGGUAUCCGAUUGGUAUAUUGAUUUUAAUACUUCAGGUGGAACUGAUCGGGAAGGCUGGCAGUAUGCAGCAGACUUUCCAGCGUCCUACCAUGGUCACAAGACAAUGAAAGACUUUGUCCGACGGAGGCGCUGGGCAAGAAAAUGUAAGAUAGUCACCAACGGGCCAUGGCUGGAAGUGCCUCCUGUUACCCUGUGGGACAUCUCCAUAAUUCCCAGUUCAGAUGCAGAUGGUGAAGAAGCAGUAGCACUGUGGGCAAUCGGUGACAAAGGAGACGUGCUCUGCAGGCUUGGAGUGACACAGCAAAAUCCAGCUGGAACGUCCUGGCUGCAUGUGGGAACAGAUCAGCCCUUCAUUUCCAUCUCAAUCGGAGCAUUUUACCAAGUGUGGGCUAUUGCUAGAGAUGGUUCUGCCUUCUAUCGGGGUUCAGUGUCUCCAAAAAAACCUGCAGGUGACUGUUGGUACCAUAUUCCUUCACCUCAAAAACAAAAGUUAAAACAAGUCUCAGUAGGACGAACGUCCGUGUUCGUGUUGGAUAAAAAUGGCAAUCUUUGGUACCGGCAAGGUAUCACACCAAGCUACCCUCAAGGAUCUACUUGGGAUCAUGUUUCAAAUAAUAUCCGUAAAAUGUCUGUAGGGCCCCUGGACCAGCUCUGGGUGAUAGCUGACAAAGUGCAAGGAAGUCAUAGUUUGAGCUGUGGGACCGUCUGCCAUCGGACUGGUGUUCAGCCAAUGGAACCUAAAGGCCUCUCAUGGGAUUAUGGUAUUGGGGGUGGAUGGGAGCACAUUACAGUCAGAGGAAGUGCAACUGAAGCAUCUAGGGUUGCUACACAUGACACUUCUGAGGAAAACCCUGCAGUAUCAAAGGACUUAGAAGAUGAGGAGAGUAAAGGGAAAACAGAACACUCUAAAAGCCCUCUGAUGGUCAGUGAAAGUCAAGAACUGGACAGAAAUGCUGCUAAUUGUUAAGUUGUUGCCAUUUACGUGUUGCAAACAAGCAGUAGUCAGUAUAAUUUAAAAAGAAACUAAAAGUCUAUAGCCUGGAGAGAAAAACAUGACCUUUGUUUGCUACUAAUAUAUUUUACUGAACUGAAAUUUGCAAUUGGGGUAUUUUAAAUACUGAUUUCUUCUACUACAUCAUGUGUAAAAUGUGACUUGAUAGAGCUAAUAGUUUUGUCAAAGCAGGCAAGCUUUUUAGCCACAAUGUAUUUCUGACCCUUUACCAUAGCUGCUACACCAUACAAAUGUGAAUAUCUUUGCAGGUGAUCACUACAUUUACUUUUUUUUUUUUACUAAUAUUACAGUUCUCUUCCCUACAUUUCUCUCAUAUUCACACACCUUGCAGACUAUUCUUUAAAUACGUAUUUGAGCAGAGAUGAAGAUGUCAUAUCAAUUUCAAUGAAUUACAGGCAGCUCCAGUGAUCUACACUGCAAACAUAACUGGUCCUGAUUGUACAAGCAUUUAUACAUCCACAUAACUUUGCUCAUGUGAGUCCUGCUUAUAUAAGCAUGUAUUUCGGUCAUGCUAUUCUUGCUCCCAUCAGUAAAAUUAAAUUCUGUACAACUCGGCAUAGGGUGCAGUUACCAGUAAGGGCCCAUUUCUGCGAUCUUUGCUCACAAUGAGCAAUAUCUUAGUCGAGAAGUGGAACCACUGCUUUCAGCGAGGCUAUGUAGAGAGCAUGGUCCUAUUCAGUCUGACUAGAGUGACAAAAUCUCAUUCUAAAUUAUCAGUCCAACUGGUGGUAAAUCAUGUUUUGUCUCCAUCUUAACUGAAACCAUGAUAAUUGAGGUAUACAGAUGCCUACCUAAUGAGGUUGGAAGGCACCAGACACUUCAGGAGUUAGGCUGUGUUCCAGAUCAUUGCAAAUUAUGCUUUCAUAGUAUAAAAGACAAGAGAAGGUCUUAAAUGAGAUUCUGACUUCACAGCGGUAGGAAUGCAAACCAACUUCGCUGAUAGCACUGGAGUUUGCCAACGUAUACUAAUGUGGGUUCAGAAUGAAGCUCUGCUCUUUGAGUAAGUGAUUGAUUCAUCCCUUCUUCCAACACAAAACCACUUUUUAUUCUCAAAAAAAGCUUUUUUUCUGGUCUUUCUUACCAUAAUUUGACUGUGGUGUGAAAUUAUUUGAAAUCCAGUCCUUGAGAAUUGCUGAAAAAGCCUUCUCUCCCAAUAGCUUCAGGAAGGCACCAUAUUUUUCUCCUGGCAGCAGUUUACAAUCAUUUUUCCUCUCUGUGUGUGACUAUAUAUGAAGUUAUUUUUAUAUGAUGAGCAGUGUGGUGUGGUCUCAGUACUGUAUUUGUAGAAGUAAAAUUUAUGUUUGCACGUAUUUAAAGAAUAUAUUUGGUAUUUUAAUGCCAAGGAAAGCACUGUUUCCAAGUCAAAAUGUGAAUGAAGAGUCAAGAUGAUUUACUGUUUAAAAAAACCUGUUGAUCUUGCCAGUAUGUGAUUAUAGAUUUCUGGUUUAUACAUACCUUGUGGGAGUACCAUAAAUAAUGUGUUUCCAUUAAUUACCGUAAUAGGUUUUGCAUAACUUGCACAGUGUCUUGUCCAAAUAAAUAACUUUAUCACACAUAUUUUUAGAGAAUUAUUAGGAUUGUAUUUUCUCUGCAUCUUAUAAAAAAUUUUUUCUUUUAAUUGUCAGUGUUUACGUAUCCAAAAAUCAAACUGAUUUCAUAUAAUAAGCUUUAUAAUGUACCUUUGCUUUUUUCCCUGCAUUGCCAAGUUUCACUUACUUUACUGUAAAAAGCUGGGUUUAAGUGAAAAGAUAAAUUAUAAAUCGAGUACUAAAUAUUUGCCUUCUGAAACUAUUAUUUAGAAAAUUAUUUAAAAACAUGGUGUCAUUGUUAUGGCUAGUUAAAGUGACUUUAAAUUGAAACAAUUUUGAAAAAUAAAAGUAAUUUAUCAGAAAAAA